AAGUGAGAUGUAAUUCUGUAUACUAAAAGGAGAUGAACGGACGUGGGAAGGAUGUUUGCUCACAGAUUCCUGUUCCCCUUUCAGAGAGCCGUUGAAGAUGCAGGCUCUGUCCGUGGGACUGCUCCUCUUCAGCUUCACCUGGGGAGCACCAGCACUGAACCAAGACGGCAGGACCAGCAACAAAGGCUGCAUCCACGGGCACUUAGCAGCCUCCGUGCACCCUGAGCGCAUGGCGGGUGAAGGAGCAGAGAGUGGAGAGGAGGCUGUCCUUAACCUGCCCGACCAGGAGAGCUACAGCGCGGCCCUCAUAGGAAGAAUCACGCAGCAGCCUGUGAAGACCCCGGUGGCUGGGACCAAACUACGGAGGGGUGAGAACAAAGACGAACCCGAGAGUGGCCUAAGCAUGACUCCAGCAGACGUCAAGGACGCUAAAGGCCACUUAAAGGAUGAAAUGAAUCGGCAGGGCUAUCUGCCAUCCCAGGACAGCCCGGGAAAAAGCAAACGUACCCGUCAGUCCCGACGAAGCGCCCACUACCUAACACACCUCCCCCAAAUCAGAAAGAUCCCCCGUGACUUCGAAGGCAGUGGCUCCCCAGAUCUUCAAGUGAGGGGGGAUAACGACAUCCCUCCUUUCAGUGGUGACGGGCAACAUUUCACGCACCUUCCCGGCACAGGAGGUGCUGUUGGGCCCGGUCCGGAAAGCUCAGCUGGUCACACGGGACUCUCUGGCAAAGCUGAGACUGUUAACCCGCACAGGAGCGGACUGAGCUCUAACGAGAUCCCAGGGAGAGAAGGCCAGGACAGCAACGCUGCUGCCGCCAGAGACAAAGCUGCCCAGGGCGGAGGGGCCGGCGUGAGCCUCGUGGGCGGCAGCAAUGAAAUCACAGGCGGUACCAAUUUCAGGGAGCUCCCUGGAAAAGAAGGAAACAGAAUUGAUGCGGGCAGCCAAAACGCUCACCAAGGGAAAGUAGAAUUCCACUAUCCCAGGGAGCCCUCAAAAGAGGCGGCCAAAGGGGGAGGCAGUGAUAACGCGGGGAGCGUCAGUUACAGUGAAAUUCCCAAGAGCAGCAAAGGCAGUUCUCGGAAAGAUGGAGGAGCAUCCAAAAGGAACCAAGUGACCGUGACUGAAAAACAAAGAUUUCCAGGAAAAGGCGAAAGCCAGGGCCUGGUUCUUUCUUCUCACUGUCUCGGUAAAGAGGUUAAAAGUGACUCCUCUUACAUUUCCAGUAGUGAGGGGGUCAUGAUAGCAGGCAGCAGAACAGACCGUUAUGGACAGAAUGAUCCUGCCCGGAAUAAAGGGGUGUCACCACGGAGAGGCUCCUGGCCUUCAAGAAAGUCCCCUUUCCACAGGCGCCUUAGCACCCGCCAUGGAGACAGCAGUGAGUCAUCCAGCGGCAGCUCAAGUGAGAGUGAUGGCGAUUAG